AUGAAAUUGUUGCGGCUUACGCGAAAGAUCCGGAUUACGCGGACAUUGUUGCCUAUCUGCGCGCUCCCAGUGAUGCUGCACUGGGACCUCUUUCGCGAACAAAGCGUGAAACACAUUCAACGAUAUAGUAUAGAUGGUAAUUUGCUGUUGCACAGCAUCGAUAAAUUCGAUGCACCUCGAACGGUGAUUGCGAAUGACUUGAUUUUGCGUGCUCGCAUCAUCCAUGAGUACCAUGAUGCCCCAAUUGGCGGUCAUCUGGGUCGCGAAAAGACAUUCGCGGCUGUCUCACGUGACUUCUUCUGGCCCCACAUGUACAAGUGGGUUCGCAACUGGGUUCGCACCUGCGAAAUAUGUCAGCGCGUGAAGCCAUCUCCAUCGUCGCUGGCACCCCUGCGACCCCUGCCAAUUGCAGCUGAGGCUUGGCGCUCAGUUUCAAUGGACUAUAUCUUCGGGCUUGCACCAUAUGGCCAAAUUGGAACGGGUAUUCUGGUCUUUGUGGACAGUUUCAGCAAAAUGACACAUCUGGUGCCUGUUCAUGCAACGAUCACCGCUGCUGUGACCGCGGUGCACUUCAUUUACACUGUGUUUCACCAUCGCGGUCUACCAGACAACAUUAUCUCGGACCGUGAUUUUUGUUUCACAUCUGCUAUUUUGACGUCAUUGUUCGAGUUCCUUGGUACAAAGCUGCAAAUGUCGACAGCAGCCCAUCCGGAAACGGAUGGGCAAAAAAGAGAGGGUUAA